GUGCAGCGAUCACAAAGGUGGAUGCUCACGCGAAGGUGCAAGCGAUCACAAAGGUGGAUGCUCACGCGAAGGUGCAGCGAUCACAAGGGUGGAUGCUCACGCAAGGUGCAAGUCGUUUAGACUCACAAGCUAUAGGCUUUCGCAGGAAGAUCAUGGGUCAUCCUCGCGAUAAUACCCCUCAAUUGAUUAAAAUUGCUAGGGAGUUGAAUAAUAUUAUCUGA